GCAGUUGUUUGCUAAAAGCAGGAGAAAGAGAGAUGAGUAAAACUUGCCUAAAUUGUUGGUUUGUUCAUUGUUGAAGCCAAACAGGUCCAAAGUCAAAACCCCCCUUCAACCAAUGGAUUAUUAUAAAAUUAAAAUUGAAAAAUAACAGAAAUCCAACCAAAAACCAUAAUCCAAAAACCCACAGAAAAGAGAGAGAGAGAGAGAGAGAGGAAAAAAAAAGCCACCUUAUUAUGGUGGUUUCCAAAACACAAGCUUUGUUUUGUUAAAUUUUUCUCUUCUUAUUAUUAUUCUUUUGUCAAAAUCUCUCUCUAAAUCUCUACCUUUCUUACAACCUUAUUUUUCAUUGUUUUGUCUUAAAACAAAAUGAUGGGUCUUUUUGAAUCUUCUUAGAUAUGCAAAAUUUCUUCAUUGUUUCAUAAGAUUAAUGUUGUCUGCAUUGAUCUAUGCGUGAUUGAAAUCCAAAUCUUCGAUUGUGGAUUUGGAAAUCGAGCAGAAACCGGGGGUGAAUUCUUAGGGUGAAAAGAGUUUUAGGUAUUGAUUUUAUGAAAAACUUGGUUGUUGGGUCAUUUGGGGUAGAAUAUGUAAGUUAUGCUAUCGGGAUCAUUAAUGCGAAUGAUGCCGCCCUGCUGGAGACCUUCCGUCGAGGGUGAAGAUUCGAGUAGAGGUGAUGAUGCUAAUGGUAGGGUUGACGGACUAUUGUGGUACAAAGAUUUAGGAGACCAUGUUACCGGUGAGUUUUCGAUGGCAGUAAUUCAAGCAAACAAUCUAUUGGAAGACCAUAGCCAACUCGAAUCAGGUCCAUUGAGCUUAUAUGAAUCGGGGCCUCACGGGACAUUUGUUGGAAUCUACGAUGGUCAUGGUGGUCCGGCUACUGCUAGGUUUAUAAAUGAACACCUUUUCGGCUAUAUCAAGAAGUUUACAACUGAGAAUGGUGGAAUGUCAGCAGAUGUAAUCAACAAAGCAUUUUUGGCAACUGAGGAGGAUUUUCUUGCUCUCGUGAGGAAGCAAUGGCUAAAUGACCCGCAUAUGGCUUCUGUCGGUUCGUGUUGUUUGGUAGGAAUAGUUUGUAGCGGAAUGCUAUAUAUUGCAAAUGCAGGAGAUUCUCGAGUGGUCUUAGGAAGAUUGGAUAAAACGUAUAAAGAGGUCAAGGCAGUUCCAUUAUCAUCAGAGCACAAUGCAAGUGUUGAAUCUGUACGGGAAGAGUUACGAUCAUUACAUCCCACUGAUCCACAAAUUGUGGUCCUCAAGCACACAGUAUGGCGUGUGAAGGGUAUUAUACAGAUUUCGAGAUCCAUUGGUGAUGCUUAUCUAAAGAGCGCGGAGUUCAACAGAGAUCCUCUAUUGCCGAAGUUUAGAGUUCCCGAACCAUUCGAUAAGCCAAUCCUUAGUGCCGAGCCAGAAACAUUAGUACAGAAACUUGACCCUGAAGAUCAGUUUCUUAUAUUUGCAUCAGAUGGUCUAUGGGAACACCUUAGCAGUCAAGAGGCAGUCGAUAUCGUCAACACCUGUCCACGAAAUGGUAUUGCUAGAAAGCUUGUCAAAGCCGCUCUACGCGUAGCAUCUAAGAAGAGAGAAAUGAGAUACUCGGACUUGAAAAAAAUCGACCGUGGAGUGAGGAGACAUUUUCACGACGAUAUAACAGUUAUAGUUUUGUUUCUGGAUUUCCAUCUGAUAAGCCAAAGCUACUGGCAGGGACCCUUGGUUUCAAUCCGUGGUGGUGUUGGAGUCUCCGGACACGGCAUUUGCUAGUGCGACCAGUCCUAAACUUUUAUCAUUUGCUCCCCCAUUAUCUCCUUUUUGUAUUAACAAACACUUCCUUGAAGAAAUUGAAAUAAUUUUUUUUUUCCCAUGUAUAGUCACGCAAUUUAACAACUUGUUUACACAAAUACAUAAUAGAACUAUCGAUAGAUGUCAGUUACCAGUUAGAGAGUGCCUUUCAGGGAAUUCCUCUGAAAGUUCACUCAGCUAACUGAUACAUGAUAAUUGAAAAUAUAUAAUUUCAUUAACAUA